AUGGUCUCCCUACCUCGGCUGGUUGACAUGGACUGGAGGGUGGACAUCAAGACAUCUUCAGACAGCAUCAGCAGAAUGGCAGUCCCUACUUGCCUGCUUCAGUUAAAGAUUCAGGAAGAUGUUGCCUUAUGUGGAAAUAGUCCUGUUGUUUCUGCCCUGACUGUGGAACUGAGCAAAGAAACCCUGGACACGAUGUUAGAAGGUCUAGGAAGGAUCCGGGACCAACUUUCUGCUGUUGCAAACAAAUGAAUACUCAAGGGCAUGGAUUCCAGCGCGAGGAAGGGGAGUGUUCUCUACCUACAGCUCCCAUAAGCUGCAGCCUAGUGUAACGUGUGUUCUGUUUGAACAAAGCAAAAUUAAAGAGGUUUCUUUAUUGAGUUAAUAAGAUAGCUUUUGAAAAGCUGACACUUAAACAUUCCUUUGGUCCGAUGCCAAAGAGCGUUUUCCUGGUCCAUGGUUGAACAAAAGCUGGUCUCUAUUUCAGCAGGGGAUUUGCAGGCUCAGAGCUUGGCUUAAUCAGAAGGAUCGUCACUGGAAACAGCAAAUAGCUGCAGCCAAUGAAGCGAGUGCUAUCUCUCUGCCCUGAAAUUAGGGUCUAAAAGGCUGGUUAAUGGGCUGCCUUCCAGCACUAGCAGAGGAGGAGGUGCUUCUCUCUGGAAGGGGUGUGUGGAGGUGCGUGCUGGCUGUAGCACCCUCUCCCUCGCCGUGGAGCACGGCCGUUCUGCAGAUUGUUAUUACAGCAUAAUGCUUUGAAAUAGGGCAAUUAUGCUCCAACACAUUCCCUUCUGAUCAGCUUCAUAGCACCAUUUGCGAAAUGACUAGUCUGAACGUCUUUAGUAGCAAGUAAUUUCCUCCUUCUGUUUCAAAAGAAAAAAAGGAGUUCAGCUAAUUAAUGUUUGGGUUUAUUGGACUCUGGGCUUUGCCUUCAGUUGAUGAAAACCAGACUGGGAAAGUAAAGACUGGAUGGCCAUCGCCUGUACUGUAGGGAGCUGUUCCGUGGCAUUAUGUGCCUCUACUUCCCCAAACUGUUCUGUUUUUUGUUUGGAUAAAUUUUCGUUUAAUUAA